CACAACCACAAACUAGCCAUUUUAGUUCACAGGUAGUCCUACGGUUUAGGCACCCCUUGAGUCCUUCUCUUUCCAAGGCUUCACCAAUACCAUAUGCACGUCCUAAUCAGCGGAGCGGGCAUUGCGGGACCCACGCUGGCCUGGUGGCUCGCAAAGACUGGCGCACGCAUCACUAUCGUCGAGAAAGCCCACUCACUCCUUUCACAUGGACAGAAUAUCGAUAUAAGUGGCAGUGCGCGCACUAUAAUCAAGAAGAUGGGGCUUAGGGACAAGAUCCUAGAACUCAACACGACGGAGAAAGGAGCACAGUUCAUCGAUACAGACGGCAGGCCAUUCGCAUCUUUCCCAGUCAGAGAGGGUGGUGCUGCAGCGAGUCUGACUUCUGAAUGGGAGAUCUUGAGGGGAGAUCUGGCCUCGGUGUUUUAUGAAGCUACGAAAGACUUUCCGAAUGUGGAGUACGUGUUCGGCACCACUAUCAGCAAAGUCGUGUCGAACGACAAUACGUCCGUCAAGGUCGAAUUUAGCAAUGGUCAAACUCAAGAAUACGACCUGCUAGUCGCAGCAGAUGGACAGUGGUCGAAAGUGCGAAAGCAGUGUUUCCCCCCCGAAGCCAUCACUGUGAUCGAUAAGAACAUGUACGUAGGGUAUUGGACCAUCCCGAGACUGCCCGUCGACAAUGAAUAUUGGAAUAUCUACCAGGCUUUGGGAUCGAGAAUGGUUACCACCAGACCCGAUCCCCACGGCACAAUCAGAGCAAUGGUCUCUCGCAUGCCCUGCAACGCCGCGCAGAAGAAAGCAUGGCAGGAUGCUUCCAAGAGCGACGGACAGACACAGCAAGACCUCCUGAAGAAGGAGUUUGCAGAUGCAGGAUGGCAAGCGCAUAGGCUGCUGGACGCCAUGGAUCAAGCGCCCGACUUCUACUUCCAAGCCAUCCAGCAGAUCAAAAUGACAACAUGGUCCAACUCUCGUGUCAUAUGUCUAGGAGACACCGCCUUUGCUCCCACUCCGCUGACAGGCAUGGGUACAUCCCUUGCGAUUAUCGGGGCAUACGUUCUCGCGGGCGAACUCAGCAAAUUGGACGAGAAUGAACAUCCGGCUCAAGCGCUCGAGGCAUAUGAGAAGAAGUUCCGCCCAUUCGUCGAGGAAGUGCAGGUUAUUCCAUCUUUUAUUCCGGGGGUGGCGCAUCCAAUGACCGCAUGGAAAAUAUGGCUGUUCCAGGUCGUUGUGAGGGUGUUUGCUCUGCUUGCUUCUAGCUCAUGGGUGGUGAAGUGGUUUGGUAAGAAUGAUGAUGAUGAAGACUUCAAGUUACCAUUAUACCCAGGGUGGGAGUCUGUAAGUGGGCAAGGGGUGGAUCGAGAAAAAGGUGUAGGCGCGAGUGAGAGUAAUGGAUUGAGUGGAAUAUGAUGGAUAUCUUCUACAUACACAAAUAAUAACAAACUCUCCGCUCUAAAAGUACAUCUACAGACCGACAAUAGCUCCAUGGGUGAUACACGGACUUCGGCGCUUCUCAAAAAAACCUUUUAAUUUCUGAUCGUAUAGAACUUCGGCCAAUUUUGUCUAAACCCUUCGCUGUAAUUUAGAUAUUUAAGCUCUACAUCACACUUUCGAUUAG